AAGGACGACAAACUUGGCUUCCGGGGGAAGGAUUAUCAACCAAUCACGGCGAGUUUUAUUCGUUUCCAUAACAGCAAAGUAAACACGUGACCUCAGAACAUAACCACAAAUAAGUAUUUGUAAUAUUUUAACACCGCUAAAUUUAUUUUUAAGCCAAGGCGUUGCAAUUUGUUGUUAAAUACUUUUAUACGCUAGGCUGUAAUGGCUGGAAAGGUUCUUUGUGAAACAACAAAACUGUACAACAUCCUAAAUCAAUACGUUCGCCAGUCAAGGCUUGCAGAGAGUAACUAUCUUUGUCUGAUUGAUGCCCGUCCAGCAGAAUCAUAUACCUUUAGCCAUAUCAUUACUGCCAGGAACGCAAAAUGGGAUUCUGAAGGAAAGUUCAUUAUGCCCACAGAUGUUGAGAUUGAAAGUAUAAGGUACAUCAUUGUAUAUGACAGCAGCACACAUUCUUUGUUGGAUUCAGGUCCAGCCAUUGACUGUGCGGACAGUUUGGAAAAAGCAAGCCGCUUUCCCAUUCAGAUUCUUAUUGGUGGCUAUGAGAAGUUUUCUGCACUCUACCCUUUCCUAAGAACUCAAAAAAUUCUUUACACAAUUAGGGAAUUGGAAAGCUUAAAGCCCUACCCUGUGGAAAUCUUACCUGGUCAGCUUUACAUGGGUGAUUAUAUACAGGCAACGAAUCCUCAGAUCCUUAAAGAUCUAAAACUGAAAGCACUUGUCAAUGUCUCAGAUGAAUGCAGUCUAAUGUUUAAAAAGGCAAACUGCACUGUCCUACAUUUCCGAAUUGCAGAUUCUGUAGAGGCGGAUUUGUUCAUUUCAUUCGAAAGAAUGCGUGGUUUUAUUGAUUCACAUCUCAGUACUUCGUCUUCUGUUAUGAUAUUCUCUAAUCAUGGUAUAAGCAGAUGCAGUGCUUUGGCAAUGGCGUAUCUUAUGCAUCACCUAAAAUACACACUAAAGGAGGCAUGGCAUCAUAUUCAGCAAUGCAAAGCUAACAUGAGGCCAAAUCGAGGAUUUGUGCAGCAGCUUUCCAACUGGGAACUUCAGUCUCUUGGUCAGAGAGUAACAGACAUUUCAGAGCCCAACUACUGACCACAGUCAAUAUAAGAAAAAAACAUUUUAUACUGAUUUCUAAUUAUAAUUUAUUUUAUACUAAAAUAUAUUGUUCAGACAACGAAAGACAAAACCUUAAACAUCAAUAGGAUCAUGUGAACUGUCAGUGUAUACAAAUUCACCAUCAUUUGUAAUAAACUUUGGAUAGAAGUGUUUGCUAAAUAAAUGUC